AGGGUAAUCUUUUCACUAUUAUAAAGUGAAAAAAGAACAGCGAUUCAAUUACGCAAUUGCUUCCCGCUCGCGCAAAAAAUGAGCCCAAAUGUGUAACCCAUCAUCAAGUCUGGUUGGCCAACACUGUUCACCUGCUUUUUAGAUGCAGUAAUCGGCAUUUAUAUCCAGAAGUUGUAUAAGGUUAUUUAAGGAGAGGAGGGCAAUCAGAGUCCGGGGAUGGUGUACCAGCCAAGAAUGAGAAAAAGGGUCAAUGCAUACCCAAUUCGCCGUGGUCCUGAUGGAAGUGCUUUCCAGAAAUGUGAAAGGUGUGGUCGUUCUGUAGCAAUUGCUUUGGCUGAUAUGCAUGAGUGUGAGUCAAAUAAUAGCCUGAAGAAACUGAAAGGGCAGCGGCAGAGCGGAAAUGUUAAAUCGCAGAACAUUGAAGAUCAACCCAGAUCAGCAUUCCGCUUUUUCAUGGAAGAAUUGUUGGACAUUCACAAGGAGGAAAAUGAGAUUGCAAUUGAUAGCAAGGGCUUUGAGAUGUGGAAGAAAAUGUCUAAACAGGAGAGGCAACCAUAUCUCGUGAAAGCGGAAAAGGUGAACUCGGCUCACACAAAAGCUCUGCUCGAAGAGGAAAAUGAUAUGUCAUGGGUGGAUGAUGAAGCGGACUCAGCAGAAGUGGGGAAGUACGACGAGAACUAUGCAGAAGAUGGAUACUUUGAUGGUUUUGAAGACGAUAUCUGUGAUGAUCCCCACGAUUCAGAUAGCUUUCUUUUCUGGUCUGAGAUCAGCGACAGCUUUGACAGCAAAAAUUGGGCAAAGAAGUGGUCCCCGAAUCCGCUGAGGACUUGAAUUCCAUUUUUGGAUCGGUUGCAUGGUUUUGUUGACGAUGUUUGGAGUCUUGACUUGAAUGACUGAGAAAAAAACAACCUUCGGGCAGUGGCAGACAUUGGAAAAUUGGGCCAUUGCUUACAUAAAGCGAGGCAAGUCACUUUGGCUAUUGUACAUACUAAGUUUAGGAAUUUUACUACGCCCAAAAGAUGUAAAAAAGCAACCGUGAUUAUUUAUAUUUGUGAUCUGAUGAUUGUCCUAAGAGGAGAUGAGGAGUGGAGCCCCUUUCGGCCUUUGGAUUGGGAGAACAUAUAUUUGAUCACUGGGGCGUUUUGUCCUCCACUUGAAGGCUGCGUUU